AUGAGGAAAGAACGUUUGUAUUCUUAUUGGGACCGUGAGCCUCCAUGUGCGUCUUGUGGCACUGGCUCUGAUGAGGUACAAGACGUUCGAGAAUGUAUCGAAGAAUGUUAUGGUGAUAAAGAAAUACCUGAAUGGUUCAAGGAUUGGAAGGAUGACCUUUCCAAAUCAUGCGUGUUCCAUAUAGGCUGCUGGAGAUUGUUGAUACAACAUUUCAACAACGGGGUUGUUCCUCUCGAUAAAUUGGCUAAAGUAGUCAAAGAAGCACCUUGGCCACAGUAUCGAGCCUAUCAUGUAAUCCCAGACACCGGGACGCCUAGCUCGAGAUGCUUUCGAUAUAUCGGGUUCCGGGCCGAAUCAAAGACCUUUCCAAAGGCAGAAAACAUGGAAUGUGAACAUCCUCUGAAGGAUGAGUCCCAAGUGAAUGACUGCUUUCGUCUCCUUCCACUCGAAAUCCGCUUCGAAAUCGCCUAUCUUCUUCCAACGCCCGAAUACCUCAGCUUAAGACUUGCGUCGAAAGCUAUGGUUCACAUAUUUGAAAACCAGGAAUUCUGGAAAACACGCUUCUUCAUUCAUCGGGAACGAGGAUAUCUCAACUAUCUCUUGGAAGAAGGUUGUGGAGACUGGAGAUUAAUGUACCGCUGCACUAGCAGACUCAAGCGUCUAGCCCGGACACUACGGUUUCGAAGGCUACAGUGGCUUCAUAACGAGUGGAUCAAAGAUAGGUGUAUGAUGAUUGGAGCUCCAAUAUCUACGUCGCCUGAGAAUACAGCUCAAUUUGAUGGCCUAGUGUGGGAAAGAGCCGCAGGAAAAGUCCAAUGCGAUAGGCCUUACAAAUCCGAAAUCACUCCUCCAUCUUCACUCGGCAAUGACAUCUGCCAGCGAUGUCGUGGGGUGCAUAACCUAUUACCACCUCAGAUGGUCACCAUCUCUAGUGAGCUCGUGGAAAUCGCUGUCUCCGUACUUGCUGAAGAUGAACAUUCAUUUAUUACCGGGCUAAACCUUGUCUACGGCGAAAGUUCACCAAGCAUUAGCCUUGGCUAUCAAAUCUCUCAAAAGCAGAUCAAGAUUGAUCUCCGUGGUCAGCCGUUGAAAGGCUUCGAAGUCCUCGCUGGCGAAGGGGGCAUCCAGGCCAUACGUCCAAUAUUUGACCAAAAACAUGGAAUAAGCCGUAGCAUGAUUGGAAAACCGAAUGCAACUUGCAAAUCAGUACUACUUAACCCAGAUGGAGAGAUAAAAGCCUUUGCGGGGUAUUUCGAUCACUGUAGGAUGAGAGACGCAAACUAA